UUUUGGUCCUGUUUUUGUCUGCCCAGGCAAUGCUUGCUUCACUACAGUGGUAGAGAAAUGAAUGGAACCAGUUCUGAGUAGAUUUUCCAUAUUUUACUUUUAAUUUUGGGAGGUGAACUUGUUCUACUCUUAAUGCUGGAUAUAAUUAUGUUUUUCAUUACAGUAAACAUGAUUGUAAAGAUCACCUAUCAUGGCAAAAACAAUAUAUCUAGACAAUAUAUUCACUUCACUUCCUAAAAGUCACAUUCCCAGCCCAUUCCCUAAAUUAUCUGGCUGCCCAGGUGCUGUGUCACAGGAGGCUCCAGCACUGACAGCCAUCAGGCAGCAAUGUUACUCAGAAAGGCUGGAUACUAGUAUUCAAAUUUUGAUGCAGUAAGCUUUAAAAAAAAGGUUUUUCUUUUUCUAAUUUGAAUAAAAUCUGGACAUCGCCGUGUCUGGAUGUGACAUAAUGCAAGGUUAAUGUUUUUUUUUUUUCCUGAGUGAAAAGUCCCAUGAAAGCUGAGCUUUAAAGGCUUGAUGAAUUUCAUUUUAAACUGUCCCUAUGCUUCACUAAAAUACCCCCCACCAUUAGUGGAUUGAAGCGGAUGGUUCCUUUGGAAACUAUGCAAUUGUGAAGAAUAUCAUAUUACCAUUAUAUUCACAGCAGAAGAAUAUGAAGUGUGAGUUUGUUGAUUUACUACACUUGCACCACAUUUUCUCUGUCUAAAGUGAACGCUAUAAAACACAAUGAGACUUUGUGCGAUCAAUUAUAUACACAAUAGACAUGGACUUAAAUUAACUCUAUUUAUAGCCCCCAAUAAAGUACUGUGGUUAUAUAAAAAAGGGACUGCUGUACGCUUAAAAAAAACGAAUACAGUGCUCACCAGUUAGAACGCUCCUCAUUAUAGUGCGGAAUCGGUUAAAACACGGUAGGUCGUGACUCCCAUUUGCUCCAUAAUGCCAUUACAGUAGCCCUUUUAUACACGUUAUAAGGCGGAACACUAUGGCUCCCUACUAUAGCGUUAUACAGGGUGAGCACUGUAAUAAUGUUUAUAGUGUUUGUCAAUAGUUUGCAUAGCAAGACAUACACUCAAAAGAUUACGACAUGGAAAAGUAUACUUUUAUCGAAGAUUGCAGUUGCUGACAAAAUGGCAAUUUGAUGCAACUUUUUUGGCAUAUUGACUUACUGUAACUUGUACUUGAAGUGUUUUUUUUUUUUGUAUUUUUUUUAAAUGAAACAUUGCAGUUGAAUGUCCACUGUGGUUUAUUGAUCUUCUCUGGUGUCAGGCAGCAGCUCUGACAGUGAAGGACUCUCUCUAAGUGAGGAAGAUGAUGAUGGUGAUGAACACUUGCUUGGAGAUGCUACCUCCCCCCCUUGCUGAGUUACUGUCCUUCAAACAGGAAGCUGUUGGAGGAAAGCAUAAGGGGGAUCUCAGUGGAAUUGUACAACAGGUACUCUAAUUAUGUGAGUGCUGCUAUUCUGCGAACUGUGGUGUACAUCUUGUCGCUGGAUUUCACAUAAUGAACAUGGAGGUGGAGAUUAUGUUUAGUUUACAUGAGACAAGGUUCCUGGGUGUGAUCCUAAUCUGAUACUCUCAUCUUAACAUUUUAGAAUGAAAAAACUUUGAAAGCAGGGAGCAGUGAGAGUUGUACUGAUGGGUUUUGAAAAUGCAUGUUUAUCUGUGCUCUUGUGCGGGCCAUGGACUCGCCUCUCCUGUCUGCUUAGCUCACAGAAACACAGUUUAAUUCAUCUAAGUGGAAAAUGGGUCCUGUUGUCUCUAAAAGAUAUCAAUAUUAAUUAAAUUGCAACAAUAAAUCCCGACGGGAGUGGGCAGCUGCAUGUCCCGGGGAUGAGGGUCAUCGAGGUGAAGAACUUUCAGCGCAUCAAGAAGGUUUACUCUGUCAUUGACAUAAUUGCAAUGUCAUGGUAGUCACUGAUUGAAUAACUUCUAGCACAGUGCUCCUCACUAAAAUAUUGUGGAGGGCAACGCAAGUAACUCUGCAAUCUUUGGUGGGCAACAGAUAAGUAUUAUAGCCCCAUAAUCCUCAAACAUUAAAAAUAUGUUUUCAACUUUUAUUUGUUGGAACUUCGGAAUGAGUGAACUUGCUUGUAAAGCUCCGAUAACUCGGCUUAUAAGAAGUAGAUGUGGCUGACAGGCGAUGCUCUAGCCGGUCAUGGUGCAGUCUUUUUUGGUGGGAUACAUUUCUUGUGAUACUUUAAGGAAGAAUUCUGACAUAGAUAUGUCAAAUGUAUUGCUUCUUGUCAAACUCAGCUUGGAAUUCCAAAAGUUCUCAGUCUAACCUGGAGGUUUCAGUCCCCAUUUGUGCACUUCAUGCCAGUUAAGGGCUUAUGUUUAAAAUUCAUGUACCACUAAAAGAUGCUUCACUUACUACAAAUGCCUGCCCAAUUGUUUCGGUUAACAACCUCUCCUGGUAAUUUAGGGAAGCUGUCAGGUUUUUUAUUUGUUCUUUUCGAACUGUGAGUCUGAAUCUGUAAAGGUCCUCCCAUUUUCUGUUGCCUUUUUUACAUACAGUUUUUUGUUGUUGUUGUUGCCAGUUUUAGGCCCUCUUGAAGAAGGCUUGCAGCCCCAGGUAUACCUUCCUCAGAAAGUGCAGGGGGGCUCGCUCGCAGUUUAUCUGGGAGUGUCAAGGGGGUUCCAAUCGGAAGCUGUGCACCUUCCUCAGUUUGUAUUCCUGUGCACUCCAUUUUGUAUGGAAAUAGCCUCUUUAUUUUAAAUUAGAUCGUCCUAACUAUCACCUUUGUACUGUAGCGAGACGCCAACACGUCUCUGUGAAACAACAAUCAAUUAGAAAAGCAGGCUUGUGCUGGAACUGUUUUGAUUGGCUGAUUAACCUACAAAAUGUAAAAGUAGGCGGGUUAACGUGACAGCAGAGCAGGGAAUUUAACAAACCCCCCCACGUUUACUGCAAAUUCAGCCGUUGAAAACAUGACGAUUUACUGCAGAGCCAAGUUGUGUCUAGGAAUUCCCAAUUUGAAGUAUCCCUUCAUGUGACCUAUGGAGUAAUACAUAUUACAUACUGUUACACAUAUUAAGCAGAAAUGUGGGUUGACUUGGGGGGCCUUUACAGUAAGUAGACGUGUAAGUCAGCAUUCUGUUGGAAAAGGCCCUGAGAUUCACAAAGCCUUUCCCUCCAGUUAUUCAUUCCCUGUGCAGAUUCUGGCUCUGGGCUGAAGGAUCCAGAUCACUCAUGGCACCAAAAUGAACCAGCACAGCUUCCGCUCACACACCCUGCUCACCAUCACCAAGACUGGAACUGACCUCACAAGCGGAGCCAGGACUAAUGGGAAGCUGAACCUGAUGGACCUGGCUGGUUCAGAGUGUGUGUGGAAGUCAGGCGCAGAGGGAGAGAGGCUGAAGGAAGCUCAGAACAUUAACCGCUCCCUGCUAGCUGUUGGGGAUGUUAUCCAGGCACUGAGAGCCAAGCAGACACAUGUCCCCUUCCUAAACUCCAGACUCACCUAUCUGCUCCAGGAUUCGCUUGGCAAGGGCAAUAAGACAGUGAUGGUGGUGCAGGUAUUGUAGAGGAGAAAUAUAUGGUGAUGGUGGAGAACUGUUGAGAUAUUGACACACUGGGGCUCUGCAUAGGCAACAAGAUUGGGAUGGUGGUGGGUUUACACUGGAGAAUUGGGGAAAUAUAGCAAGACUUUGAUGGUUUAGUACACAGAUACACAGAAAGGGCUGGUUUGGAAACGUGGAGAGGAAUUAGGACAGUGAUGGUAUAGUCAAGGAAAAAGAAAGGAUAAAUCUUAAAAUGUUUUUUUUUUAAAUGUUUGUUUUAAAUUAAAUAAACAUAAAGACAUUUCGAGUGUGGACUUUUCACUGUUUUGUUUAGUUAUAUAAUAAUGGUCCACGCACCAAACAAGAGACUUUGAAAAAGUAUAUUAACUGCACAAGAGCAUUACUAGAAUAAAAUGUAAUGGAGCCAUCACUUUGACUUGUGACCUAAAAUGGUUGCCGUAUGUGAGUAUUUGGUUUCUGGAUAAUAAAGGCCUAACAACUCAAGAUAUUGGCUUAAUACUCAGUCAACAACUGCGGUUCUCUCUUUCACAAUCAAUCAUGAGUAUUGUACAAGAAAACUAACCCCUUUAUCAUAUUUCAGAAAGCACACUUGCAGGGUUAUACAGUAUAAAUCUGUAUGUUAAUUUGUUGUACCAUUGUUUUUCAGUUUGAAUUCUGUUUUAUUUGUGUUUAGGAUCUCCUCACUGGAGUCAAAUGUGGGUGAGACAAUGUACUCCCUUAAUUUUGCACAGAAAGUCUGUAAAGUGGAGCUCGGCCCAGCGUCACGAAAAAUAGAGUCUCCCGGCAGCUCAGACGUUUUCUCUUAGAAGCUACUCUCACUGCACUCUCUCAUCUAACAGCUGCAGCAGUGAAACAUUUUGGGCAAAAAUAAAUAAACACAUAACCCUCCGUGACAAUGGUGCUAAUGCUUGGGCUAUAAACUCCAUUCAGAGUGGAAGUUCGGUAACACAGCCGCGGUAGUAAAGCAGCUGUUUUUUAUGCUUGGUAGUGUCUUUCUACAGUGCCACACAACCUCUUCCUCUAUAGUCACGCAUUGACUUUCCUCUUUGUGCUAAAUAACACAUCAAACUGUUUACAGAGCAUUAUUAUAAUCAUUUCCCAUGUAGAGUAUGUUUAUCAUAUAUCACCAAUAUUGCUGAAAAUCUACUAUAUCCCUAUAAUGUCUUCCUGUUGCCCCUUCAAGUUUUUGGCAGCUUUCUACAUUGUAGUUAGUAGGCAUGCACACAGGAUAGCAGAGAAGUGCUGUAUAAUAUGGAGAAGUAAAUGACAAUGUAAAUCUUAUGACUGUGAAUGUUUUACCUUAUGAAGAAACUGUUUAAUAUCUGUGUGUGUGACUUGUA